AUGAAAGGUUUCUUCUGCUGUGUCAAAGGAGAAAGCUCAAAUAGCGCAGCGCAGAAUCAAGUGUUUGACGACGAACCAUCUGGGCGAAACGAGUUCCUCAAUCGUAUUUGGAGAGAUGAGCUCCAGAUCCCUCAAAGUCCUGGAGUUGAAGAUCCGAAUGCUAUUCUUUUCCCUAUAAACCCACCUCUACCUGCCAAUUGUGGACCAUCAUACCAAUGGCGCGAGAUCUUAGACGGAACCCUAAACUUCCGGCAAACGUGUUUACUCGGCAGAGGCAACUUCGGCGAUGUCUAUCGCUGCGAAUUCAGAAGAACUAACCAGGUUGGAGCUGUGAAGAUUCAGAAUCGAGACAAUCCAGCAGGUCAUCAAGAGUUCUUGGCAGAGGUUACAACGUUACAUGAAGCUAAUCACCCAAACGUGAUUAAACUUCUUGGAAAAUGUUACGGCCGCAGAAACCGUGCUAUUGUUUACGAGUUCAUGCCCAAUGGCUCUCUUGAACGCCACAUCUUUGAUUACGCGAGGCAGCGUCAGAGAGUGCGACCUCAGGGUAUAGAUCAGCCAACUAGGCGUUUGGAUUGGGAGACGAGGAUGAAAAUUGCCGUGGGUGUAGCUGAAGGUCUGCUUUAUCUACACCAGGAGCUCAAAGUAAUAAACCGAGAUAUCAAGGCCGGGAAUAUUCUCCUUGAUGCGGAUUUUGUGCCGAAGUUGAGUGAUUUUGGGUUGGCCACGAAGAUCAGUUUUAAUGGGAGCUUGGAGAUACAUAAACAAGCACGAGCCCUCAAGGUUAAUAAGCAAUGUGCUGCACCAGAAUCUGAGUUUUGUGGGUUGGUUUCUACGAAGACCGAUGUAUACGGUUAUGGUAUACUAAUUCUGGAACUUUUUACCGGUUCAGAAGCCUACGACUCACAGAGACCUGUUGGGAAUGGUAAAAUCACUGACUGGUUGAUAUCCAAAUUAGAAAUAAAAGACAUUGGUUCACUGGUGGUAGAUGUUGCACUGCGCAGAAGUUACUCCCCAGAAGGGUUGAGAAAAGUGAUUUGCAUUGCCUUAAAGUGUCUUGCACCUGAACCUGAAGCACGGCCUACAAUGGAGGAAGUACUCUUGAAUGUUUCUGAGGCUGCUCUAUUUCAGGUCCGAGAGAUGCCCCGGGUGUUAAGGACUGGUUUCUUGACUCCUUAA